AUGGCUUGUAGACGUAGUGUCUCCACCACAGUGACCUUUGGUACCAGACGUUUCCACCCUUCAUUUAGUCACAUUCUUCAUGAUAACAAUGAGGAUACUAAAUCACAUGCACCGAAUUCAAGUUUGCCUCCACCUGUGAUCAAGAGUACUUUGCCACGUGGCUCUUACAACUCGACACUUGGAUUUUGUUUUGGUUCUCGAUGUAGAGAGAGGACAGGCUCAUCAUUGUCUUGGAAAAUGGGGCUUGGCUCCUUUCAUUGUAGGUAUAUGUCAGCCAUAAUCGAUGAUGGGUCUGAUAAGAUUAAUGACGUUGGCUAUUUUGCUGAGGUUAUUACGGAUAAGACGGUGGAAGUGGUAACCUCCCAAACCCCCGCUGUGAGUGAAGUGGCUGCUGCUGCAGCAGAUUCUUUCUUCCCAGUUGCUGCCCUGCAGUAUUUGAUCGAUGGCGUGCAUUCUUUUACUGGAUGUAAUUGGUGGGCCUCAAUAGCUUUAACAACUAUUCUGAUUCGAGGGGCUACAAUUCCACUUCUCAUUAAUCAACUCAGGGCUACUACACAACUUAAUUUAAUGAGGCCCCAUUUAGAGGAGUUAAAACAACAGAUGCAAGAUAUGGCAAUGGAUCCGAAUGUUUUGCAAGAAGGUCAGAAACGAAUGAAGGCAUUGUUCAAGGAAUAUGGAGUCAAUCCACUUUCUCAAUUGCAACCGCUAUUCAUUCAAGGUCCCAUCUUCAUCAGUUUUUUCUUAGCUGUUAGAAACAUGGCUGAGAAGGUUCCUUCUUUUCAAAGUGGUGGAGCUCUUUGGUUUACUGAUCUCACUACUCCAGAUAGCUUGCUCAUCCUUCCAGUUCUGACAUCGUUGACAUUCUUGAUUACAGUAGAGUGCAACAUGCAGGAGGGUCUUGAAGGGAAUCCCAUUGCCCAAACUAUGAAAAACUAUUCUAGAAUCCUUGCGGCCAUUUCAGUUCCUGUAAUGAUGAGUUUCCCCAAGGCACUGUUCUGUUAUUGGCUCACCUCCAACCUGUUCUCCCUUACAUAUGGAUUAGUAAUUAGGCUCCCAGAGCAAUUGAACAGGACACUACCGUUGAAUCAGGAUCUCCGUUACCCACCAAGCCAUCAAAGGUUGCUGACAGAAGAAUAUCACGGACUUCAAUUCUCAAGCAGAGACUUAAAAGUCUGGAAAAUCAAAUCAAGGAAAGAAAUAAACAAAAGAAGAUGUGAAAGUACUGCUCCAACUAAUAGCUUCCCACGAAUUAGUGAAUUAGGCAGGAUCCUUAUGGUGCACCGGAUGAUGGAAAGUUUUUUGCUAGACGGCUAUGAAUCAGUUAACAGUGGAAUCCCUUUUGGGAGAAGACACUCUGAGGUAGAAUUUCGUAGUGCAUUGGCUGCAAACUUUGAUGCAUAUACAGUGGCAAGUAGGCUUGGUGAGCUUCCAGCUUCUCUUGUCAAAGCAUCUUGCAGCCUGUCUUCUGCUUCACGUAACGACGUCUCAUGCUUUCUCUUGCAGUGCCGGCGCCAAGCUGCUUGUAUGAAACAGGCUGACCAUGUCCUCCACUGCAGGGAGUAA